GCCGGAUAAUAACUUGAUAGUCUCUCUUGUCCUCCUGUCAAUUCUCUCCGUCUAAUCUCCAAAUACCCCACCUUCAUUUCCGGCCAUGCGUAAAGCUAGAGGAUCAUCUACUCCGGCCAAACCGGCUGCCGUCGCCGGAUCUGGACCUCUAGUCCCUACAAACGAGGUCAAGUUUCGCGGCGUCAGGAAGAGACCUUGGGGAAAGUUUGCAGCAGAAAUUAGAGAUCCAUUGAAGAAAACUAGGGCAUGGCUUGGUACCUUCGAUUCAGAAGAAGAAGCUGCUCGAGCUUACGAUACAGCAGCGUUGACUCUUCACGGAACCAAAGCCAAACUCAAUUUCCCCCAAACUCAAAACCCUAACCAACAGUUCUUCGAUGAUGACCAGAUCAUGAUUGCUCAAAGGCCAACUUCUAGCAGUUUGAGUAGUACGGUUGAGUCAUUCAGCAGUCCUAGACAACCGAAACCGAUUACUCCUCCUCCGACGAGUUCUGGUAAACGUUAUCCCCGGACGCCGCCUGUUUUACCUGAUGAUUAUCACAGCGAUUGCGAUUCAUCGUCUUCAGUUAUCAAUGAAGGAAACGGUGGGGAUGUGGCUUCUUCGUCUGUACGUAAGCCAUUUUCAUUCGAUCUUAACCUUCCUCCACCUAUGGAUGAUGAAGAUCUUGCCUGCACAGCUCUUCGACUCUGAACUGUGUAUGAUCGGAUCAAUUACACACUUUUUUCUUGUUCUGUAUUAUUUUUCAUGCGGGAAAAAAAGGGUAAGGAAGGAGAUGAUGAUGAUAUAGAUGAAAAAGGUCAGUCUAGAAGUUGUGCAAAUGGGUAGCUCUAGAAGGAAAAGGGUAGAAGGGAAAUCAAUCAUCUUUGGAGCUAAACCUAUUGAUAUUCAUUCUUGAAUAAAAAUGCUCCCUUUGUAUCACAAUUAUCAUGUAUUUAUGCAUCUUCUUCUUCUAGGUUUUGAUAAUUCAAAAGGUGUGAUCUUUAGCUACC